AAAUACAACAAUAAUUGCCUUGUGAGCUCAGAGUGCCUUUGGCUAGCUAGGUGGGUAUUAUCUCUGCUUGUCUUUUUGACACCUGAGAUUUCAAGUGCCCAGAAGAUUAUUUCCAGCUCUCCAUGAACCCAGUCUCCUGAGCUGGAAUUUGAGGUUUCAGCUUUCCAAAAAGCAUCUUUUUCAAGUCCUUUCAUCCCAACUGGUGGAACUCCUCAAGCUAAUGUUACCUUUAGAAGUAUUUCAAGAUUAAUCGGAAAAAAAUAUCCCACAUCCUGAGACCCAAAGGAGAAGUGCUUGUUAAAGAAGCCACAAGAGCUGAAGCAGCAUGGGAGACUGGAAAGCUUACAUCAAUACAGUCCUGAAAGACAAGAAUAUUGAAGAUGUAGCAAUUGUUGGACAUUCUGACAAUAAGUCUGUAUGGGCAUCUAAACCAGGAGGUCUGUUGGCAGCCAUUUCUCCUCAGGAAGUUGGGCUGAUCACUGGGCAGGAUAGAAAAUCUUUCCUACAAACUGGGAUCACCAUUGCUGGAAAAAAGUGCAGUGUGAUCCGUGACAACUUGCUAGUAGAAAAAGAUGCUGUCAUGGACACCAGAACCAAAGGUGGUGACAGUAGGUCCAUCUGCAUUGGGAAAUCUUCCAAAGCUCUUAUCUUUCUCAUGGGCAAAAAGGGGGUCCAUGGAGGAGCCUUGAACAAGAAGGUGCAUGAUAUGAUAGCAAGCAUGAAGGCAAAAGGCAGCUAGAUAUAGGGAUUUGCCUGAAUCACUUUUCUCCUGAAAGGAGGACAUGGGGAAAGUAUUGGUCCUUGAAAUAAAAGCAUUUGAUGAA